AUGACCGAGACAUCUCUCCGGCCAAUAACCAACAGCGGGAUCUGGAUAUCCAUGUUGGCUCCCACAUGUUCCACGAUGUCGAGGAUUCAAUCAAUCCCGUAUACAAUUCCCUUUGUCCAUCGGGACAUCAAGGCCAGCAAUAUGUUACUUGAUGCCAAUCUCAAUCCUAAGAUCUUAGAUUUCGGGGUCGCCAAACUUUAUGAUGACCUGAAAACAUGUGGACACGAGGGUUGCUGGCAUAUUGUUACCACCUUGCUAACCUCUGUCUAUGUAGUAUUUUUGUAUGUAGUAGAUGGCAUCUUGAUCCUAUUGAUCCUACUGGCCGAUGUUGAUGACUUCUCGGCCAUGAAGAACUCAUCCGCACUCUACAAGAUCCAAGGUGACCGCGAUUCCCUUUCAUUCUCUUAUCGAUUGCCUAUCGAGACUGUUGAUGUGGGGGAGAAAGAGGCUGAGAGCUUAGUGAAAUAUGUAGCCAGCGCUGGAAGCUGGCAUGGGCUGCAUAGUUUUUCAGAGGCAUCAGCCAGGGGUUUCAGCUCUGAGCCGUCUCUUCAGGCCGACUCGACGGAAGAAAUCGGUGAUUGUAACUUGAAAGUUCUAUCUUACACUCCGCAACUCAUAUUACAGGGUGCAUAUGUCUAUGAUAUCAAUGGGAAAAAGUAUAUAGAUGCUCUUGCAGGACUCUGGUGUACUGCUCUAGGUGGCAGUGAACCUCGACUAGUCAAAGCUGCAACAGAGCAAUUAAACAAAUUACCCUUCUAUCAUUCCUUCUGGAACCGUACUACCAAACCAUCAUUGGAUCUUGCAAAUGACGUCCUCAACAUGUUUACUGCAAGGGAAAUGGGAAAGGUAUUCUUCGCAAAUAGUGGUUCAGAAGCAAAUGACUCCCAGAUUGCUGCUUUCAUUGCUGAACCUGUGAUGGGUGCCGGUGGUGUCAUCCUUCCUCCAAAGACUUAUUUUGAGAAGAUUCAAGCAGUCCUCAAGAAGUACGACGUCUUGUUAAUAGCAGAUGAGGUCAUUACUGCAUUUGGGAGAUUGGGAACCAUGUUUGGAUGUGAUAUGUAUAACAUUCAACCAGAUCUCGUCUCCGUAGCAAAGGCUCUUUCUUCUGCCUACAUGCCAAUUGCAGCUAUUCUUGUUAGCCCAGAAAUAGCAGAUGUAGUUCAUUCGCAGAGCAGUAAACUUGGCUCUUUUGCUCACGGCUUUACAUACUCCGGGCAUCCAGUUGCCUGUGCUGUUGCCAUAGAAGCUCUGAAGAUCUAUAAGGAAAGGAAUAUUACCGAACAUGUCAACAAAAUUGCCCCAAGGUUUCAAGAAGGAAUCAAGGCCUUCUCAGGCAGUCCGAUCGUCGGAGAAAUACGUGGCCUGGGAUUGAUACUUGGAACUGAAUUCGUCGACAACAAGUCGCCAAAUGAUCCAUUCCCUGCAGAAUGGGGGGUUGGUUCAAUAUUUGGUGCCGAGUGUGAGAAGCGUGGUAUGCUUAUCAGGGUCGCUGGGGAUAACAUCAUGCUGUCACCUCCACUAAUAAUGACUCCUGAUGAAGUUGAAGAAAUUGUGAGCAAAUAUGGCGGGGCCCUAAAGGCCACAGAGGAAAGAAUUGAGGAGCUCAAAUCAGCCAAGAAUCACAGAAUAGCCAUGUUUGUGACCAGAGGGAAGGGCCGCAGUGUUUUUCCAACUAUUAUGGGAACCUUUGGUGUCUUUUUCCGGCUUCUUGAUUUAAAUGACUAA